UUUAAUUAAUAACUGAUGUCGUAAACACACAGAAAGUACGACAAAAAUGGCAGCGCCCAUGUAAUCUACAAAAGUCAAACCACCGUCACAGAUUUUAAUGUGUGUAUUUAAGAUUAAGAACGCAGGAUAAAGAUGUUCAUUAAAAGAUUCUUAUUGACCCAGUAUGGACUGAGAUGCUAUCUGUGUCAGCACAGGAGCAAAUCAACUGUUGGCCAUCAGAAGACCACGACUGUUCUUGGUCAGAGUUAUGAGGUGGAUCCAUGGACCAAUGUAUCCCCAGCUAUCUUGGAGAAGAUAGGCAUGAACUUGCACUCGCAGAAAUACCAUCCAAUAUGCUUAAUCAGACAGAGAAUACAGGACUUCUUUUAUAAACGUUUCACAAAGCGCGGCAAUCCAAUAUUCUCUGUGUUUGACAAUGAAAGCCCUGUGGUAAGUUUAAAACAAAACUUUGACAAUUUAUUAGUGCCUGAAAAUCAUCCGAGUCGCAACCAGGCUGAUAGCUAUUACCUAAAUUCUGCGUACAUGUUGAGGGCCCACUGUACUGCUCAUCAACAGGACUUUAUAAGGGCCGGACUGAACAGUUUUCUCAUUGUGGGGGACGUCUACAGGAGAGACACAGUUGACAGCAGCCAUUACCCUGUGUUCCAUCAACUGGAUGGUGUCAGACUGUUCGACAAACAUGAUCUGUUUGAGGAGAGGGUCAGUCAGCCAGACGCCUUACAGUUGUUUGACGACACCAAGCACUCUGCUCUCAACCAGGCUGGACACGCCAUUGAGGCUACAUUGGCCGUACAGCAUGACCUGAAAAGCACUCUGGAGGAUAUGGCUACAAUACUGUUUGGAAAAGAUAUCGAGACUCAGUGGGUGGAUGCCUACUUUCCGUUCACGCACCCGUCAUGGGAGCUGGAGAUCAAAUAUCAGGACAAGUGGCUGGAGGUGCUGGGCUGUGGAGUCAUACAGCAGCAGAUACUCAACAAAUCGGGUGCAGGCAGCAAGGUGGGCUGGGCGUUCGGGAUGGGCCUGGAGCGACUCGCCAUGAAGCUCUACGACAUCCCUGAUAUCCGCCUCUUCUGGAGCAAGGACCAGCGCUUCCUUGACCAGUUCCGCGUGGAUGAUCCACACUCUAACAUCCAGUUCAAGCCUUUCAGCAUCCACCCACCCUGCGACAUUGACCUUUCCUUCUGGAUCCCUGAGAUGUUCCAGGAGAACGAUUUCUAUGACCUUGUGCGCUCCCUUGGCGGGAACAUCGUCGAGAAGGUGGAGCUGAUUGAUGUCUACACGUACACGAAGCUGAAACGCACGAGUCACUGCUACCGGAUCACUUACCGACAUCCAGACCGCGUCAUGGAGAAAGUGGAAGCAGAUGCCAUCACGAAGAAGAUCGCAGCGGAAGCAUCAACAAAACUGAAUGUGAAGUUACGGUGAUAGCCUGUGACUGAAGAUAUGUAAAAUGUGUUCUAAUGCAUGAACACUUUUAUGAUCAAUAUUUUAUAAACAUAUUUGAUUACCA